CCUCUGAAUCCUGUUGAUUUUGAAUAUGAAGCUUAAUGUUAAGACUUUGAAAGGAAGCCAUUUCGAAAUUAAGGUUCAACCCUCCGACACAAUCAUGGCAGUUAAGAAGAACAUUGAAGAUAUCCAAGGAAAAGAUAAUUAUCCUUGUGGACAACAAUUGUUGAUUCAUAAUGGCAAGGUUUUGAAAGAUGAGAGUACCCUGGUGGAUAACAAGGUCUCUGAAGAUGGUUUUCUUGUCGUCAUGUUGAGCAAGAGUAAAACAUUGGGCGCCAGUGCAUCCUCUUCCACCCAGCCUGGAUUGACUGCUCAACCACAAUCAACUAUCACUCCAGCGCCAGAAACUCCGGCUGAAACAAAGAUUCCAGAGAGCUCCGCUGACGUUGUUUCCAAAGCAGCCACUUCUAAGUAUGAACUGCAUCUAUUCCACCACUUGAACUACCAAACAUCAAUCUUGAAUUUGACCUCUUCUUGGAAAGUAAGACGGCCUUUAAGUAAUCAGUCCCAAUUUUUGGUGGAUAAUGUGUUUAACCAUUCAUCAUCUGAUACCUAUACUCACGCAGCUUCAAACUUGGUUGCUUCUAGUAAUCUUGAGCAGACCAUUCAACAAAUAAUUGAUAUGGGGGGUGGCAACUGGGAUAAGGAAACUGUCACUCGAGCUCUUCGAGCUGCUUACAACAAUCCUGAGCGAGCUGUAGAUUACUUAUAUUCAGGAAUUCCAGAAACAACAGAAGUUGCAGUCCCUGUGCCUCACUUUCCUACAAGUCAGGUUGCCUUGGAAGGGACUGGAAUGGGCACAGUUUCUAAUGCUUCUUCUAUCGGAGCACCCAAUUCAUCUCCACUAAACUUGUUUCCGCAGGAAGCAAUUUCUGGUGGUGGCAACGAUGGACUUGGUUCUCUUGUUUUUCUCAGAAGCAACCAACAGUUCCAAGCAUUACGCACUAUGGUUCAAUCAAAUCCACAAAUUUUACAGCCCAUGCUUCAGGAGCUUGGGAAGCAAAAUCCACAACUGUUAAGACUUAUACAAGAGCAUCACACAGAGUUUCUUCAACUGCUUAAUGAGCCUAGCGACGUUUCUGAAGGCGAUAUGCUCGACCAUGCCGAUCAGGAAAUGCCUCAUUCUAUCAGUGUCACACCAGCAGAGCAGGAAGCAAUUGCACGUCUUGAGGCAAUGGGAUUUGACAGAGCCAUUGUAAUUGAAGCAUUCCUUGCCUGUGAUCGUAAUGAGGAAUUGGCAGUUAACUAUUUGUUAGAGCAAACAGAAGACUACGAGGAUUAA